AUGGAACCACCUCUGAAGUUCGCCAAACUCGAAGAAGAAAAUGAGCGAUGUUUAGAAAUCGGAAUCCGAAUCAGCGACCUCGAAUCCUCCGAAUUCCCGAAAUUUCGAAAUCCCCAAAACAGCGAUGAAAUUCUAAUGAAUAUCAUGAAAUUUUGCGCGUUUUUCAAAAAACGAAUGGGAAAAUCGACAAAUGACACGAUAUUUGCAAAUAUCACUGAUUUGAUAAUUCUGAUGACUGGUGUUGAAAGAAGAACUGUUAUUGAGAAAAUGAGCGAAUUUCAAUUAUUGGAUUGGGUUACAAAUUAUGAGCCGGGUCGAAUUGAAUCUCCAGCUCAACCAAAAAUUCCAACACAAAUUGAAAUGCCAAGUGGAUCUCCAACAAAUUAUGAAACAAUUGAUGAUUAUCCCUCAACAUCUAUCCAAUCUUCAUCUUCUUCCUCAUAUUUAAUGCAACAACCAUCAACAUCUUCUCGUGUUUUUGUUGCUCAAAUUGUCAAAAAACCUGCACCUCCUCUUAUUUCUCAUCCUCCAGCCGCAAUUAUUCAAAGAAAUCCAACACGAUGUGUUAUGAAGCAAGCACAUCAUAUCAUCAAUAAAUUGAUUCUACAAUAUCCUUAUUCGAUUUUCACGUGGGAAAGUUUUUUGUUGGAUAUUCCGUCGAAUAUGAGCAGUUUUCCGACGAAAUUGGUGAACACGGCAUUUUCUCAACUCAAAGAACAGAAAUUAAUUUAUCAAUGUGAUAGUAGAAGAAGUGAACAAACAUUGUAUAUUGUAAAGGAAACGGUUAGUUUUUUUUGUAGAAAAUGGGGUGAAAUUGAAGAUUUUGAUGAAAAAUGGGUUGAAGUGCAUAUUUUAAUGAAUUUUGGUUGAAAAAAUAUUUUUUGUCAAAUGUUUGUAUUGAAAAAAACAACUCAAUUUUAUAUUUUUAUGAAGUCCCCUAGCAUUUUUAAUCCCAAAAAUUCAAAAUGUUCUGUAAAACCGAAAAUUCAUCAAUAGAGCGCAUUUGUAAAUUUCAGACGUUAGAAAUACAAUUUUGAACCAAAAAUAUUCAAAUAUUUCAUAUUAUUGUCAAUUUUUAAACCAACUUUCAAUCUCACAUUAAAAAUUCAAAUUUUCUUCAAAGCCCAAUUUUUUUCAUUAGAGCGCGUUUUCACAAAAUGCUUCUUUUCUAUAAUAUGUUUUUUUUCAGCGACCCCAUUGUUUGAAUCCUUUAUAUCUUUAUGGUUAUUCAGUCGAAGAUUAUAUCGAAAAUAUGGUAAUUCAUUGCAAAACGCCAUUAUUCGACCAACUUCGAAACUUCGACGAAAUUUUCCGACCAAAUCCUGAAAAUCCCAAUUAUUUUCCAAUGUUGAUGAAUACUUUUGCAUUGGCAAUUAUGCAAUUUCCGAAUUUGACAAUGGAUUUGAGUGGCUUGGAAAUGUCGAAAACUGAUAUGGUGAGAGAUUUUGGAGUGAAACAUUAAUUUUAAUUUAAUUAUUAAAUAUUAUAGGCUGUUCGCGCAUUGGCAUUCCUUGAAGCACAUAAUAUUAUAACAAUUUGUGUUGAAAAUAAUGGAGUGAAAAUUCAAAAAUUGACAAAUAUUGGUUUGAUUGAAGAACAUUUGAAGAAUUAUGGAUUGACCAAGGAAUUAUUCAUGAAAAUGUUAAAGAAAUCAAUAGAAAUGACACAGGAUUCGAAUAUUGGACGAGGUUUUGAUGAAUUUGGAAAUGGUUAGUUCAUAUUUUUAUUUAUCAUGGUAUAGAAAACUCGGCUAGUCCCUCUUCUAUUUAACUUCAAAAAUUUUCCAGGUUCUCCACUUGAUUAUUUUCCACUAAUGUCCGAAGAUCAAAUAAAAACAGAAAUUGACGAUUUUGUUGUAGUUAAACAAGAAAUUGAAGAAGAAGAAGAAGGUGCUCCAUGA